UAAAUUCAAAACCGCCCAAUCUGGCAACACUGGUUAGAUCAGGUAUGCUGCAACCAGCAACACACACCCUUUGUCAACUUUAGACCGCUUUAUACAAAUAUUACCGGGUCUCAAAAACACGAGGUUAUAUUCAAUACAGGCGCAUAUACCGAUAUUUCAUCCUUUUGUAAGAAAAUUCUAUUCAAAAAGGAGCUGUUGUGUCUGGAUCAGCGAUAUGACUUCGGAUCUGCCAGUUCUCCUCGCAGCUGUGUCGGUACUGUCUGCUCUCCACAUGGGUUUUCAGGCAAGACGUGUGGGCUGGUCGAGGAUGAAGUAUAAAAUUAUACCCCCCAUUGUUACUGGACCACCUGAGUUUGAAAGGACAUUUCGUGCACACCAGAACAGUGUUGAGUUUUAUCCCAUUUUCUUGGUGCUAUUGUGGAUAUCUGGCAUCUUCUGCAAUGAAGUGUUUGCGGCUCUUGGAGGGCUUGUGUAUAUUGUGGGCAGAGAGAUGUACUUUACUGGCUACAUCAGUGAAUCCAAGAGAAGGUUGCCAGGGUUUUACUUGGUGUUGUGUGUCCUGCUAUUCCUAAUUGUGACGGCUGCCAUUGGAAUCUUUCAAGCAUUUUUGGACAAAUAUCUCUGAGGAUUUUAAUUCCUGUUAUCUAAAACUAUAGCAGUUCAUCAAACAUACAUGUAUAUUAGAGCUGCACAAUAUAUAGUUUCACCAUCCAUCAAUAUGACAAUGUGUGAGUCUGCAGUAGUCACAUCACAGGAUCUCCAAUGUUGAGUCGGGAUUCUAAUUAACCAGAAAACAGAACUAAGUUUAACCCGAAUAGAGUGAAAGAUUAUUUUAAUGUUUGUUACUAUGUAAGAUUUCAAGUGAAGUUAAACUAUUUGGGCACUAGAAAUAAUAAAAUAUGUAGCUUUA